CCAACCCUAUCGAUGUCCUGAGAAUACUGGACCUAUCAGAAGACAUGGAGGGCGUUUCCAUGGAAGCAGGGCUGUGUACCAGCAGGAAGGGAGCAGAGGAGACAGACAUGGCUUUCAGAAUAGACAAGAAGAUCCAGCUCAGCGCACCAACCAAACAGCUCUUUCCUGACUCCCCCUUCCCCCAGGACUUCUCUCUGAUGACGACGGUGCGGGCGAAGAAGGGCUCUCAGUUCUUCCUGCUGUCGGUGUACGAUGAGCAGGGUGUGCAGCAGCUGGGGCUGGAGGUGGGCCGCUCUCCUGUGCUGCUCUAUGAAGACCACCAGGGGCACCCCUCCCCUGAGCUGUACCCCAUCUUCAAGAAGAUCAACUUAGCCGAUGGAAAGUGGCACAGGAUUGCGUACAGUGUGGAGGGGAAGGCGGUCACUCUCUACCUGGACUGCGAGAAGGUGCAGACGCUUGACCUGCUGCGUGGGGACGACCCGGUGGUCAGCACCAAUGGGGUCACAGUGUUCGGAACACGCCUGCUGGACGAGGAGGUGUUUGAGGGAGACAUCCAGCAGCUCCUGAUUGUGGAGGACCCGGGCGCUGCGGCUGACUACUGUCUGCACUUCAUCCCAGACUGCGACUCCCCCCUGCCGUACAGCAGCCGGGCUCUAGAGCCAGAGGAGCCGCAGCCCCCCCACCCCAAACCCAACCCACUCCUCCAAAAUGACAGUGCAGGGGAACCUCAGAAACACGACAAAAAAGACAGGAAGGGCAAAAAGGAGAGGUCCAAAAAGAAGAGGGAUGGCUCUUCCAAAGGGAGGAAGGGCAGGAAAGAGUCCAGGAAGAAGAGAAAAGAAGCUCCGGGUCCUGCGGAGCACUUCCUUGAGCUGCCCACAGUGAUGCCUGAUAUGCCUCAGGACCCCACUGUAGCCACUGUGCUGCCCAGCACAGAACAGUCUCCGUUAGCAGACCUCCUGCAGCCCACAGGGACAGCUCAGCUGCAGGGGGAGGUGGGGUCCUUAAGCUCCACCCUGCUACCGGAAGUGUCUGAGGUCCCAGAGAUGCCCACACAUGAGCCAGACUCCAGCAUUGAAGCCCCCCCUGUGGUGCCCAGCGCACUGCCUGAAUCCCUCACAGCUGGGGUGGAGGUGGACCGGCCCCCGAAGGAGCCUGAGGUGGAGGAGUUUGGCGAGGACUUCUACAGCGACCUCUACGACGACCUGUCCGUCUCCACGGUAACCGUGGGCCCCAACGUCACAGAGUAUGAGGUUGUGUAUGAAGACUACACAAACGGGACAGAGCUGCAGUACGAGGAGUACGAGGAGUAUGAAGACCGGUUCGGACUGGUUGAAAGGGAGGACGCAGAGACCUGGGACGGAGAGAGCAAACGUUUCACGCCUGAGAAGGGAGAGAAAGGAGAGCCCGCCAUCAUCGAACCGGGCACAGCGAUUGAAGGUCCCCAUGGCCCCCCAGGACCAGAGGGUCCCCCAGGUAUUCCUGGACCAACAGGCCCUCCAGGGCCACGAGGAGACCCAGGUGAUCUGGGUCCCCCGGGACGGCCAGGCCUUGCAGGGGCUGAUGGGAUUCCAGGUCCUCCAGGCACAUUGCUGAUGUUACCGUUCCAGUAUGGGAAUGACGGUCAGAAGGGGCCAGUGGUGUCAGCACAGGAGGCCCAAGCUCAGGCCAUCCUGCAACAGACGAAGCUCUCACUGAAGGGACCUCCGGGACCACUGGGCCUGACCGGACGGCCUGGACCACUGGGUCUUCCUGGCCCUACAGGACUGAAGGGGGAGAGUGGUGAUCCUGGCCCCACGGGUCCCAGGGGGCUACCAGGUGCUCCAGGACUCAAUGGAAAACCAGGGAAGAGGGGCCGCGCAGGAGCCGAUGGGAGCAGGGGAGCACCUGGGGAGACAGGAGCAAAGGGUGACAGAGGCUUUGAUGGCCUGCCAGGUCUCCCAGGGAACAAGGGACACAGGGGAGAGAGAGGGAAGCCAGGCCCACGUGGUCCAGUCGGAGAGCCCGGAGAGAAAGGCUCAGAUGGACCUGUGGGGCCAAGAGGACAACCAGGGGAACCUGGCUCCCGUGGGCUCAUGGGACCGAGAGGACACCCUGGGCCACCAGGACAGCCUGGCAUUCGAGGUGUGGAUGGAGUUCAAGGGUCAAAGGGCAACCUGGGACCUCCUGGAGAGUCUGGACCACCUGGUCAACAAGGAAACCCUGGAUACCAGGGCUUACCUGGCCCUCAGGGUCCCAUUGGAUUGCCAGGUGAAAAGGGCCCGCAGGGGAAGGGCGGAAUGCCAGGACUGCCAGGGAUAGACGGCCCUCCGGGUCACCCAGGAAGAGAAGGUCCUCCAGGAGAAAAGGGAGGCCAGGGUCUAACAGGAGCCCAGGGGCCUAUUGGAUACCCAGGAUCACGAGGUGUGAAGGGAGCUGAUGGGAUCAGAGGCCUAAAGGGAAGUAAAGGAGAGAAGGGUGAAGAUGGCUUUCCAGGGUUCAAAGGUGACAUGGGUGUGAAGGGAGACCGGGGGGAUAACGGAGUCACAGGACCCAGAGGAGAGGAUGGCCCAGAGGGGCCCAAAGGCCAGGCCGGGCCCCUCGGAGAACCAGGUUCAGCAGGCAUUGCAGGAGAGAAGGGUAAACUCGGUGUUCCAGGAUUGCCAGGGUAUCCAGGGCGACAGGGACCGAAGGGGUCUGUGGGAUUCCUGGGGUCAGCCGGGGUACUUGGAGAAAAGGGGAAAAGGGGCCCAGCAGGGCAGCCAGGGGGGGCAGGACAAAGGGGCCCUACGGGUGCCCGCGGUGGAAGGGGUGCGAGAGGACCCACAGGCAAACCUGGAGCAAAGGGCUCUGCUGGACACGAUGGCCCCCCAGGACCCAGUGGAGAGAGGGGACCUCAAGGGCCACAGGGCAGGAAUGGGGAGCCAGGGCCAAAAGGACCAAACGGGCCAGCAGGGAAAGACGGACUGCCAGGUCAUCCGGGCCAGCGGGGGGAGCCGGGGUUCCAAGGGAAGACAGGCCCUCCAGGGCCCACAGGUGUGGUCGGACCUCAGGGAAAAUCGGGGGAGACCGGCCCUAUGGGGGACAGAGGACACCCCGGCUCCCCGGGACCCCCUGGAGAGCAGGGCCUGCCAGGAGCAGCAGGCAAAGAGGGAGCUAAGGGUGACCCUGGCCCAGCAGGGAUUCCUGGGAAGAGUGGCCCAGCUGGACUGCGGGGCUUCCGAGGGGGCAGGGGCAUCCCCGGCGCCAUGGGUCCUGCUGGUCUGAAAGGAGGAGAAGGACCCACUGGACUACCUGGGGCCAUCGGAGCCACUGGUGAGAGAGGACCUCCAGGAGCAGCUGGUGCGAUUGGUCAGCCUGGUCGUCCUGGCAGUGUGGGUCCACCUGGACCAAUGGGAGAGAAGGGGGAGCCGGGAGAGAAGGGGCCUAUUGGACCAGCAGGACAAGAUGGAGACCAGGGCCCAGUGGGACUACCAGGAGCUGCAGGCCCUCCAGGGCCCCCCGGAGAGGACGGAGAUAAGGGAGAGACAGGGGGCCCAGGACAGAAAGGCAGCAAAGGAGACAAAGGCGAAGCUGGUCCCCCAGGACCUCCAGGCAGCCAGGGGCCUGUGGGACAGCCCGGAUUACAGGGCGUUGAUGGAGAGCCAGGCCCGCGUGGACAGCAGGGGAUGUACGGGCAGAAGGGAGAUGAAGGACCUCGGGGUUUUAAAGGGGCGACCGGGCCCACAGGGCUGCAGGGGAUGCCGGGACCUCCUGGGGAGAAGGGAGAGAGUGGGCACGUAGGCCUGAUGGGUCCUCCAGGCCAGCAUGGGCCCCGGGGCCCGCAGGGGCCUAUCGGCGGAGAGGGUCCACAAGGAAUGCCUGGUGGAGUGGGCCAGCCUGGCCCUGUAGGGGAGAAGGGUGAGGACGGAGAGGCAGGGAGUCCAGGACAGGUUGGAGAGGCCGGCCCUCCGGGGGAGAAAGGAGAGCAGGGAGAGAAGGGCGACACUGGACCCCCCGGAGCUGCUGGACCCCCGGGGGCCAAGGGCCCCCCUGGAGAGGACGGUGCUAAAGGCAACCCAGGCCCCAUUGGAUUCCCGGGAGACUCUGGACCGUCUGGAGAGCCAGGCAUCAAUGGGGUGGAUGGUGGGCCGGGAGAGAAGGGAGAUGCUGGUGAACCUGGUAAAGCGGGGCCACCAGGUGCAUCAGGAGAACCCGGCCCCCCAGGGCCCCCUGGCAGGAGGGGCCAUCUGGGAGCUGCAGGAAAAGAGGGGAAGCAGGGAACAAAGGGAGCGAAGGGGGCGCCGGGGGCAGAGGGGCCCAUGGGGAAAACAGGCCCAGUGGGGCCACAAGGACACCCUGGCAAAGCCGGUCCCCAAGGACUGCGCGGCAUUCCCGGACCUGCAGGAGAGCAAGGCUUGAACGGACCCCCUGGACAGACUGGACCCCCAGGACCCAUGGGGCCUCCAGGAUUGCCUGGACUGAAGGGAGAUCCUGGCAGGAAGGGAGACAAGGGCCACGGGGGUCUGAUCGGCCUGAUUGGCCCCCCAGGGGAGAUGGGGGAGAAGGGUGACCGGGGUCUCCCAGGAAACCAGGGGCUCCAGGGCCCCAAAGGCGACGAGGGUUUGGUUGGCCCUGCUGGUCCCAACGGUCCUCCCGGGCCCCCAGGCCUGUCUGGUGCGGUCGGUCAGAAGGGAUCAAAGGGAAACCAGGGGCCCGCUGGCCCUCGCGGAGAUCCAGGACCUGCUGGCCCCCCAGGCCCCCCGGGCCCCCCCGCCUCCAUGAUCGAGCCCCUCCCGGUGCAGCAGGGCAGGAGGAAGAGAAGGAGGCACUCUCAGGUGGACGGAGCACACCUGCAGGAGGAGGAGGAGCAAGAGGAAGACUUCCUGCAGGGAGACCAGGCUCUGGAGCACCCUGAUGGCAUGGAGGAGGUAUUCGCCUCCCUCACCUCCAUGAAGACAGAAGUGGAGAUCAUGAGAAAGCCGCUGGGAACAUACGACAGCCCCGCCCGCACCUGCAAGGAGCUGCUGAUGUGCAACCCCGACUACAGAGACGGUGAGUACUGGAUCGACCCAAAUCAAGGCUGCCACAGAGACUCCUUCAAGGUGUUCUGCAACUUUACAGCUGAGGGAGAAACCUGCCUCUUUCCUGACAAGAAGAGUGAAUCCGUGAAACUAGCUGCCUGGAACAGAGAGAAGCCGGGCAGCUGGUACAGCCAGUUCCGCAAAGGCAAGCAGUUCUCCUACACGGACUCUGAUGGAAACCCUGUCCACGUGGUCCAGCUGACCUUCCUGAAGCUCCUCAGUGCCACAGCCAGGCAGACCUUCACCUACUCCUGCCAGAACUCGGCAGGGUGGUACGACAGCGCCACCCACAGCCACCAGCAUGCACUGCGCUUUCGCGGCAGCAACGAGGAGGAGCUGACACAGCCCAAGACAGCCUUCAUCAGCGCCGUGUACGACGGCUGCCAGUCGCGGAAGGGGCAGGAGCGAACUGUGCUGGAGCUUGACUCCCCGAGGUCGGAUGUGCUCCCUGUCGUAGACGUGGCCGUCACAGACUUCGGGAACAGCAACCAGAAGUUUGGCUUCCAGGUGGGGCCCGUCUGUUUCAACGGUUAACUUCCUGCUGGAGACAGGCCUGCACAUCCUCUCUGCAACAACAGAAAUGAGACUGACCAUUGCCACAAGAAAUAUUUAUAUGUAUUUUUUGAAUUUGUGGUGGGUUUGUGGUAUUUUAAUGACUUUCGAACAUCCAGUGGGACUCAAGUUUCCUUGAUCCCUUGAGCAAUAGAACUAUGGAGACUGGAGGAAUCCAGCCAGGCGGAAGAGGUGCGUUUCGUAAAGGGAAAUCCGCAGAUUAUCAUUUCACUUCUGUUUUGUGUCUAAUGUAUCUGUUCUCACAUAUUGUCUUUGAUGUGAAAUGCGUUAGAAUAGAGAAGGUGAGCUCCAUCACAGAAACACAAAGCUCUGUCACAGAAACACAAAGACUGUCACCUCUCCUGUCCCUCAGAGUGUCACCUGUAGGAGACGUCAUUUCCUCACAUGUGGUACACGAGAGUGUGCAGAUCAGUCUUCGCCCACAAGGUGGGGGCCGUGGUCUCCAAUGCAAAUGCUUCUCUCUGUGUUUCCUUGGUGCUUUCAUGCUAGUUGCAACAUCACAUGACUCUCCAUUAUGGCAGCAGUUGCAGGGAAAGUGACAGUUUGUUCUCAGCGGUGAUUUUAAUGUACAGGAAAGGGGGAA